UCUUGCACACACACGACUCAGCUAAGUUUAAGGACAACUAAGUCAACAUUUGACUAGACCGGACUGUACAGGAAGAAAGAAAGAAAAAGACAGAAGUAGAAAACAACUGGAAAUCUGGUCGGCUUUUCUUUUUGGAACUUUGGACUUGGAGAAGAUUUUUUUUUUUUACAGGUGGAUACAAACUUUUCCACACACGCUUGGGUCAAACAAAACAAAAAGGAAUUCAUUUUUUUCUUGUUUAUUGUUGGACUUUUGGACUUGGACUGGGCAAGAGCGCAGUAAGAGGAAGGAGAUGGGGAGAUGGAAGCUACAUCUCUCAGUGGGGCUUGGGCUUCUCGCCGUCCUGUUGACCUGCUGUUAUGCUAAAGACAACUACUGCUUUGCUGCUCGAGACAAGACCUGUUCAGAAUGCCUGCAGGCGGGGAUAGGCUGUGCAUACUGCCCUGAUGAGAAUUUCAAUGGCCCUCGUUGUGACCUACGCCAGAAUCUGGUUGCCCACGGCUGCAGUGAGGGAAUGUUACUCGCAGAAGAAGGCACUAUGGAAGAAGAAAGGCGAGCAAUCAACAUAAACCUCCAGCAGUCUCAAAUGUCCCCACAGAGGAUGAGUGUGGACCUUCUGCCAGGAGAGGAGAGGAUGGUAGAUGUGGAAGUGUUUGCUCCAACCAAAGGCCCUCUAGACCUUUAUAUUCUCAUGGACUUCUCCAACUCCAUGGCUGACGAUUUGAACAACUUAAAGAAAAUGGGCAAACAGCUGGCUACAUUGGUUGAAGAUCUUUCAGCUGACUACACAAUAGGGUUUGGAAAGUUUGUGGACAAGGUGAUCGAGCCGCAGACAGACAUGAGAGAAUCCAAGCUUCUACAGCCGUGGCCCGACAGCGUCGGUCCAUUCUCUUUCCAUAACUCCAUCAAGCUGACCAGCGACGUAAAUGUUUUCAUCCAACAGCUACAGGGGGAGAAAAUAUCUGGAAAUCUGGAUGCUCCUGAAGGAGGUUUUGAUGCCAUGCUGCAGGCUGCAGUUUGUACGGAUGCAAUCGGCUGGCGUAAACACAGCACGCAUCUCCUGGUCUUCUCCACCGAGUCAGCCUUCCACUACGAGGCUGAUGGUGCCAAUGUGCUGUCAGGCAUCCUGAAGCGCAACGACGAGAAAUGCCACCUAGUCGACGACAAAUACACAGAGGAUACAACCCAGGAUUACCCUUCAAUACCCACACUAGUCCGUCUUCUGGGCCAUCACAACAUCAUUCCCAUCUUUGCUGUCACCAACCACUCCUACAGCUACUACAAGAAACUCCAAGAGUACUUCCCCAUUGCUGAGAUCGGUGUGCUGCAAGAAGACUCAUCCAAUAUCCUGACCAUCAUGAGGGAAGCCUUUGUGAAUAUCCAGUCUAAGAUGAGCAUCCGUUCAGACAACAGACCCAAGGCCUUCCAGACAGAGUUCUUGACCAGCAGUGGUGCUGUUGCACAAUAUGGGGCGUUUAAUGUCAGGCCUGGAGAAGUAGGCAAGUUCAAGAUGCGACUCAAGGCCCAGAGAGAGAUCGAUGAACAGCCUGUCUGUCAGAUGGAAAAGGAUGAUAAAGAGGGAAUAAUGAAAGUCAAACCCACAACCUUUAGUACAGCCAUGGAUGUUACGGCCUCCAUUAAAUGUCCCAAGUGCAAAUGUGAACAGUUUCCCACCGUUAAAGCACCAAAGUGCCAUGGCAAUGGAAACCUGGUGUGUGGAAAGUGCAGCUGUGACAAGGGCUGGUUGGGCACAUUCUGUAACUGCUCAUCUACUUCGUCAGCUCUGGACACCAGCCAGUGUAUAGGUCCAGAUAUGAAGGAGCCUUGUUCAGGCCGUGGGGACUGCCUUCCGUGUGGAAACUGUGUGUGUACCAACCCAGAGCAGUUUGAAGGACCCUACUGCCAGUAUGACAGGUCCCAGUGCCCAAGAUAUGGAGGCUUCCUCUGCAACGGCCUCGGCUCUUGUGUAAUGGGUCAGUGUGCGUGUUCGAAGGGCUGGGAGGGCAAAGCUUGUGAGUGCCCCAUUAGCAACCAGACCUGUCAGGACUCCAAGGGCGUUGUAUGCAACGGGCAAGGUAAAUGUGUAUGCGGCCGCUGCGAGUGUUUCAACUCUGAUAUCCAAAUGACUGCAACUUGUGAGCCAAAUUUCCAGGCCCAGUUGGGUAGGUGUGAGGCUACAAGGAGUUGUGUUCAGUGUAAGGCCUGGAAGACAGGAGAGAGGAAAGAGAAAAAGAGUUGUGACGCAUGUCCCUUUGAAAUUACUUUGGUGGAUGAACUUAAAGAAGAGGAAAAGGUGCUUGAAAAGUGCAGCUUCCGUGAUGAGGAUGACGACUGUACGUACCACUACACUGUAGAAAAGUCUAAAGAUCCAACAAUUAAAACCUUGGAGGUCCAGGUGCUCGAAAAGAAAGAAUGUCCCGCUGCCAGCCUCCUGUGGUUGCUCCCACUCUUCUUGUUCCUCUUGUUGCUGCUGGCACUUCUGCUGCUCUGCUGCCUGAAAUACUGCCCCUGCUGCAAAACCUGCUGCCAGAGCUGUCUCGCACUGCUGCCUUGCUGUCGGAGAGGUCGCACGGUUGGCUUCAAGGAAGAUGAGUAUAUGCUCCGCCAGUCUCUGCUAACCUCAGACCAUCUGGACACGCCAAUGGUGAGGUCCGGCCCACCCAAAGGAACCGAUGUGGUUCGCUGGAAGGUUACCGAUAACGUUCACCGACAUGCCAACCACCCCCAGGCUCUGAUCAAGCCCAACCCUAAAGAAGCCAUCCAGUACCCGGUCUCUCUCCGGCUGAACAGGUUGUUCUCUGAGAACUUGUCUCGCGCCGAAUCCAGAGAUGCAGAACAACUCCGCAAGGAAGUGUCCGAUAACCUAAAUGAGGUGUACAAACACAUUCCUGGCGCCCAGAAGGUGCAAAAAACCUCAUUCAGAAUGCAGAGAAAUGCUGGAAAAAGACAGGACUACACAAUCAUGGACACCGUCUUAACUGCGCCACGCAGCAGCUUCCCUGAUAUUGUCAAACUCACUGAGAAAAAUGUCCAGUCUGGUAACAUGCAAGAUCUCAAAGUGGUGCCAGGCUACUACACUGUGGCCACAGACAGAGAGGCUGCGGGAGCCAUAGAGUUCCAAGAAGGUGUAGAGUCAGUAGACGUUCAUGUGCCGCUCUUUGUCAAGGAUGAAGACGACGACAAAAAGAAGCUGCUGGUGGAGGCCGUUGAUGUACCACUGGGCAUUGCUGAGAUUGAAAAGCGUUUGGUCCACAUCACUGUCAUCAAAGAGCAAGCCACCAAUAUCUUCUCGUUCCUCCAGCCGGCCUACACCUACAGCAGGCAGGAUGCAGUGGCCAACAUCCCGAUCAGCAGAGACAUCAUAGAAGAUGGACGCACACAGGUCACCUACCGCACACGGGACCUUACAGCCAAGGAUAAGAAGGACUAUGUGGCAAUGGAAGGAGACCUGAGCUAUGGUCCUGGUGAGACCCAGAAAAUAGUGCCUGUUCGUCUGCUGGAGCUGAGCGACAAAGAUGGCCUCCUUGAAGAGAAACAGGUCAAGCAGUUUGUCAUGGAUCUCAGUAACCCACGGCAAGGCUCCAAGCUGGGACGCUACCCGAGGACUACUAUCACCAUUGCAGACCAACCAGAGCCCAGUGUGAUGAUGUUUAAAAAGGGCACCCAGAACUUCAGCACAUCUGACCCAACCUACACCAUCCCUGUUGUACGCUCUCGCAACCCAGACAGCCCUGCCACAGUGAAAUGGCGCACCAAGAAGGCCCAGCGCUUUGACUUGAGUGGCCCUCUGAAGUUUAAUCCUGGAGAGACGGAGAAGAACAUUGUGAUCGACCCAAAGUCCCACCCUGGCCCAAUCCAACCAGAGACCUUCCAUCUGGAGCUGUUUGAGCCAAGUAGCAACGCUACUAUCGGAGAGAGGAAGACCACCAUCGUCAAUGUAACUGAUGCUACCAAAUUUCCUACAAAAGCAAGUGUCCCCCUGCAACAGAAGGGCUACAUAAACCAGAAAGCAACCUCUCCUGGCGGCCAUCUUCUCUCCCCAGCAAACCUUAAGGCCAAAGCAACUGGACCUAGAAAGAUCCACCUCAACUGGGACCCACCUCCUGGCAACCCGUUGGGGUACAAGGUAAAGUAUUGGAUCUAUGGCGACCCAGAGAAAGAUGCCCAGGUCUUAGAUGUGAAGACUCCUCAGGCUGACUUGACUGGCCUGUACCCCUAUUGUGACUAUGAGACGCGAGUGUGCGCCUACAAUGCAAUGGGUGAUGGCCACUAUACCGACAUGGUUCCCUGUCAAACACUGGAGGAUGCGCCUGGUGAACCUGGACGUCUGGCCUUUAAUGUCAUCAGUCCAACUGUCACUCAGCUCAGCUGGGCAGAGCCUGCAGAGACCAAUGGCAACAUUACGGCUUAUGAGGUCGUCUACACACCCAUCGAUGAUGACAUGAAGCAAAUGGGCCCCGCUAAGAAGGUAAAGAUUGACAACCCCAAGAAGCGAAUGAUGUUGAUUGAAAACCUCCAGAGCGCCCAGACAUACCAGUACCAGGUCCGCGCCAUGAACAGCAUAGGCUGGGGCCCCUACAGAGAUGCCACCAUCAACCUGGCAUCACAGCCUACCAGACCGCUUUCCAUUCCCAUCAUUCCAGAUAUCCCUAUUGUGGAUGCAGAGGCAGGUGACGAGUAUGACAGCUACCUGAUGUACAGCAAUGAGGUCAUGAAGUCCCCUGCAGGCUCCAAGACACCCAGCGUCUCUGGUGAUGAUUACGGGAUGAAUGGGAAGUGGGAACAGAACUUCCUUUUCCCAGGGGGAUCAGGGACACGCAACUUGUCCGCAUCGUCCUCUCCGAUGUCCACUCUGAGCUCAAACUACAGAGGAGCAGGCGGCUCCUUUAACACAGAAUCAACCACCACCACCUACAUUUCUGGACCAGGAGCUUCUCGUAGACUUGACAUGAUGGGAGGAGGAAUGCAAUCAACAGAAGUGAUCAUGAGGAAGCGCUCAGAGAGAGGUUACACAGAGGAAAACAUCCGGGACUCUAUCGUCAUGGGGGAUCUGUCAGGCAAGCUCCCAGAUCUGGGUGGGUUCGGCUACGCUGGGAUGCAGAGCAACUCUCAGAGCCAGUUCAGCUACAACCUGUCUCAGGGUUCCAGGGCCAGGACCCCGUCAGACGUCAAUGAAGCCUUAUAUAAUCUGGACAGGGUUCUCCAGGAUGCUAGACUUUCUCCAGGUGUGCCAGACACCCCCAGCAGACUGGUUUUCUCUGCUCUUGGUCCCACUGCCCUCAAAGUCAGCUGGCAGGAGCCACACUGUGAGAAAGACAUCCAGGGCUACUGUGUUCUCUACCAGCUGCUCAAUGGAGGUGAGGGGAAGCGUAUCAAUGUGACAAACCCUGCAGAGAACUCUGUGAUCAUCCAGGACCUGCUGCCCAACCACUCCUACCUAUUUAAGGUGAAGGCUCAGAGCCAGGAGGGCUGGGGUCCAGAGAGAGAGGGAGUCAUCACCAUCGAGUCCGCCGUCGACCCCAAGAGUCCCCUCAGCCCCAUGCCAGGCUCACCGUUUACUCUGAGCACCCCCAGUGCCCCGGGCCCCCUGGUCUUCACUGCUCUGAGCCCUGAUUCCCUGCAGCUCAGCUGGGAGAAACCUCGUAAACCCAACGGAGACAUCCUGGGCUAUGUGGUCACCUGUGAACAGCUGCAUGGUGGAGGAGACUUACGAUCCUUCCAGGUGAACGGGGACAGCUCUGAGACCAGUCUGACCGUCCCAAACCUGACUGAGAACAUUCCUUACAAGUUUAAAGUCCAGGCUCGAACCACACAGGGCUUUGGUCCUGAGAGGGAGGGCAUCAUCACCAUCGAGUCGCAGGAUGGAAGCGCUUUGUCUCAGUACAGUGGCAACCAAUCAAUGACGAGGAGAGAAAUUUUCCAAAUGCCAACAGAGGUCAGCACGCGAACCAACGUCUCCCACACCAUGAUCGACGACCCCUACUUCACAGAUGGGAUGAUGAUGACCACACAGCACACAGAGACCAGCGGCAUGGUGACCCGUCAAGUCACCAAAGAAGUGGUUCAGAGGAGCGUCAUGGGAGGAACCACCGUCACAAAGAAGAUGUUUUAUGAGUCUUAAGAUACACCCAAAUUAACAGCCAAAGGUCCGACACCAUGAGGAAUCAUAUCUCUUUUAAAAAGAGUCGGCUUCAGAGUACUCGCACACGACCAGUGUAUGUUUUUAUAUGUGUGUGUGGGUGUGAGAUUGUGCGACCAAAAGAUAUUUCCUGUAAUCAAUAGAUGGAGAGGAGGCUGUUCUCUCGUGUCUGUUACAAACUGUGGCCACUUUCCUCCAUAGAUGAGGAUCAUUUAACAUUUACAUUCGUUUUUCUGCAAGAACAGCAGACCAACAUUAAUUGCGAGAUUGCAUUUUUACACUGCACUUUUAAGAUUUCAUGCUCAAAUUGCUCAUGUAGUUGUACUGAGGGCCACUUCAAAUGAGGGUGCGGGCCAUAUGUGGCCCCCGGGCCUCCAGUUGCCCAUCCCUGAUUUAGAGUUAGACUCCACUCCCUCUGUCGGUUCAGGUCUGGUAAAACACUGGGGCUUUAAAUCAGGGCCAGCAGGCCCAGUAAUCUCACUGCAUACAAGUAAUCCAAAGUGACCUUUCCCCCUUGUCUCCUGUCCUCCACCUGUCUUGAAGAGUUGUUUUGAUUGUGUGUGAGGAGUUUUGUACGGAAGCCCAGACAGGCAAGUGAGAAAAAAAGAUUCUGGUGAUCAGUUUAUUUUUAAGUCUGAGCUAAAUUGUCCUUUUUUGUGUGAUUAUGACUUAAAACAGAUGGGGGGAAAAGGUUUUGCCUGGAUAAUAUUUCUAAAAAAAAAAAAAAAAAAGAUUAUUUGUGAGACAGGGAAAAAAAAGUUGUUGGAUUCAAACAUUUUUCUCCGGGUAAUUUUUUUUAUAGUGUUUGUUGCAAUACUCAUUUUGGCCACAAGAGGCAUUUCUGAGGGAUUCUUAGUAAUAAGAUGUAAAAAAACCAAAACAACAACCAAAAAUGUUACUUUGUAUCAGAUUAGACAAAGCUAAACAAUUACAUGGGAUUGGUUGAGACAGUACACGUCUAGUUAUACACCAUACAUCUAUAUUAUUUUGUAAUAGAAAAAUAAUAAUUAAUAAUAAGUGAUAUAUAUAUAU